AUUAUCUCACGAGCCGUCAUGCUGUCGAAACGCGCUUUUCAGUUGAAAUUUUCAACGCUUUACCACGCUGCGAAAUAUUCGACGGCUCCUAACCGAGAAAACUUUUAUAAAAAUUUAGCAGGCGCUCACAAUGAUGACACGAAUCCAGAGGGAUGGGAGAAUGCCAAACCGUAUGAGAGCAUGCCUGGACCGAAACCUUUGCCGGUGCUUGGAAACAUGUGGAGGUUUUUUCCUGGAGCAGAGCUUCAUAAUAUAAACACGGAUAAACUUUUUCUUCUGUUUCAAAAACGGUAUGGGGAUGUAGUACGUUUAGCAGGAAUAUGGGGACGCAGAGAUAAGAUAUUUCUGUAUGAUACAGAUGAUAUGGAAGAUAUUCUUCGCAAUAGCGGCCCGUUCCCUACUAGAUUUCUUAUGGACGCCAUUUUCUAUUAUCGACGUGACGUAAGAAAAGAUUUAUUUAAAGGAAACCUGGGACUUGCUUUAUUACAAGGUGAGGAAUGGUAUAAAUUAAGAGCUAUCGUAAAUCCAAUAUUAAUGCAACCUAAAACAAUUCAGCAAUACACCACAAGAAUGGAUGGAGCAGCUAAGGACCUCAUGAAGCUUAUUGCAUAUCGCAUGAAAAGUAGUGGGACUAAUACAACGUCCGAAGAUUUUGAGAAAGAUCUGUACAAAUGGGCAUUGGAGUCAGUUGCGAUUAUUGCUUUAAACAAACCAAUAGGAGCUCUUGAUGUCAAUAUAGACAAAAACUCAGAAAUCAACAAAUUGGUUCUAUCUGUAUUGAAGUUCUUCGAUCAAAGUUUCUAUUUAGAAAACAUGCCACCAUAUUGGAAGUAUCUUCCCUCCAAGAGGCUUAAAGACUACUAUAAUAAUCUUGACUAUAUGCAUGGUAUUCUCUCCAGAAUGAUUGAUGAAUCUUUAGCAUCAUUUAAAAAUCAAAACGUACCAGAUGAUGAGCUUGGCGUACUGCAGCGAUUACUCAAAGUAGAUAAGCAAACUGCAUUUAUCAUGACUAUGGAUAUGAUAACAGCAGGAGUUGAUACGACGGGAAAAACUUUUGGAGCGGUGUUAUACUUUCUGGCCAAAAAUCCAGAGAAGCAAAGCAUACUUCGUGAAGAAAUAUUAAAAUACCUCCCAGAAAAAGACACAGUGUUAACAGCCGAAAAGUUGUCUGAAAUGCAUUACUUAAGAGCUGCCGUGAAAGAGAGUAGUAGGAUUGCCCCAGUUGCUAUUACCGGCAUCAGAACUACUUCAAAGAACAUGAUUAUAGGAGGUUACCAAGUCCCAAAGGGGACCGAUGUACUGCCUAUGCAUUUUUAUGCAUCAACUUUGAUAGACAAAAAUUUUAAAGAACCUUCUAGAUAUAUGCCAGAAAGAUGGCUACGAUCUGUCAGUAACGAGUACUCCGCGAAAAAUGCUCAUGCAUUCGCCUACAUGCCGUUUGGACACGGCGCCCGUUCUUGCAUCGGAAGAAGAUUUGCUACCUUGGAAGUGGAAGUGGCGGUGGCAAAUAUGAUCAGAAAUUUUGAAUUAUCUUGGGACCAGCCAGACAUGAGAUUUGAAGCCAGGUUGUUAUACGGUUUCAUAGACCCACUUAAGCUUACCCUCAAAGAACUAAAGUAAAAACAAUUACCGAAAACUAAGAAGAUCUCAUUUAGACUGAGUUAUCUUAAUUGAUUUAUUUUAAUAUCUUUUGUUUGAUUAUAAAAAAUUGUGUAAAUAUUUAAAUGUUUUAUACAAAGAUUGUUGAAUUUAUUUUUAUUGAAAAUGUUUAGAUGAUGUUUCAGUCCAGUUGUUUCUUUAAUAAAUAAUUAUUUGGU